AUGGCUGCACCUAUCGCACAUUUCGACGACGACUGGUCGAUUUUGGGUGAUUUGAGCAUGGUUUCAGGCCAGAGGCUGCUGCCGCAGAAGGGCCGUGUAGCCUCCGCCGCGGGGGAAGCAGCACUGCAGCUUCUCCUGGAUGAUGAUGAUAUCCCGGAGCUGCGAGACAGCAGCUUCUCCCUGGGGGAAACCGGUGCUUUCAGGUCCAUGGAGGACCUGGUGAACGAUUUUGACGAGAAGUUAUCCGUGUGCUUCCGAAAUUUCAACGCCAAGACGGACAGCAUCGCUCCUGUGAAUGUGAUAACCGAGGACUCGCUGCUGGAGAAAGACGAAAUCUGGAAGGUUUUGACCAGUAACUAUGGCCGUGUGAUGCCGGUGGAUUGGAAACAGUCUCGAACAUGCUCCCUCCACAGCCCCACAUUCAACCUGGAGGAGAAGCCUAGAAAGACUGAUGUCACGGCGGAGUUGUCGGACGAUGAGGAGCUGAGGGAGCAGCUGGACAUGCACUCCAUCAUCGUCUCCUGCCUCACAGAGGAGCCCCUUUUCACAGCAGAGCAGGUUAUCGAGGAGAUAGAGGAGUUGAUGCAGGACUCCCCCGACAUGGAGGCAGGACACAAUCCCUCUCAGUCGGACCUCUCGAUGCUCUCCCUGGACGUCCAGCGGUCCACCCGGAGCCCCAGCUAUGAGUCGAGUGUGAGGACCCUAAGUGUUGCCGAGCUGAAUGAACGUCUGGAGGAGAUGGAGACGAUCAUCAGGAGGUUCUCAGAGGAGCUGGUGCAGCAGCUGGCUCUCAGGGAUGAGCUGGACUUUGAGAAAGAGGUGAAGAACAGCUUCAUCUCAGCACUCAUCGAUGUACAGAACCGACAGAAGGAGCACCGGGAGCUGCUGAAGAAGAAGAAGAAGCUUAAAGGUGGAGCCGGGACGUCGCAGGGCCACGUGAAGAAGACGCUCGGAUCACGCUUCAGCAUGGAGGGAAUCUCCUCUGUCAUUCAGAACAGCUUCCGGCAAACCUUUGGAAGCGGGCGCAGUGAAAGACAGUAUUUGACCACAGUCAUCCCCUAUGAGAAAAAGGGACACCCUCCGUCGCUUGAGGACCUCCAGAUCCUGACUAAGAUCCUACAAGCUAUGAGAGACGACAGUGACAAGGUGCCCAGUCUCUUAACAGACUAUAUUCUCAAAGCUCUGGUGUGAGCGAUGGAAAGAGAGGUUUGUUUCACAUGUGAUGUGCACUGUUGUGGUUGUGGCCAUUCAAACUGGGAGAGUGCCCCCCCUCUCUACCACUGAACUGUAGUGCAGUCUGACCCUGAUGUUUUCCUUUUCACUUUACACCCCUUCUCCCACAUGGUAACUGUCUGCAGCAUGGUUGAUCCCUCUCACUGACAGUGACUCACUGCCAUACACGUUACAGCACUAUUUACCCUGCAGUUAACAUUAAACACAGUUUUAUGAUCAUUAGUCAACUCAUACUGCUAAGACUGAAAGUAUUUAUCCUCACUGACCCACCCUACUUUAGAAAUAUGUUUGUCAUCAGCACUAACGGGUGUGCCAAAAUUUUGAUUUUUUUUUUCCCCAUUUGUUUUUCCUUUCUUUAUCUCCUACUUUGCAAUUUGUACUGAUCUUCGUGCAGAGGCUUCCUCCCUGCACACUCAACUCUGCUAAUAUUCAUCUCUACUGUUAUUACAGUGCUUUGCCCAACGUAGACCAGAGAGACGGUGCCCAACACUCGGCAGAGGCUUCAGAUGGUUUACCAUGGCAACAAGAUGAAGAGGACUCAUUGUAUUUUUUGCAGACAUGAAGCACACUUAAUUUAUUCCUGCAUGUUUUUACCUCAAGAUGUAUCUUUUUCUGUGUUCUUUUCUUCAUUUAGUUGUAUUUAUUUUGUGUUGAGCAUUGUGAUUUUGCAAACCUUGUGUGUUCCUGUGAAUUUUUACUUCUUUUCAGUGUUUUUAAAUUUUCCUGCACUGUGAAAAAGUAUCUUAAGUAUGAUAAAUUAUAUAAGAAAAAUACCCCAGAUAGAU